AUGGACGACGAAGCCCGCCAAGCGCUAGCCAGCAUGAAGAUGCCGCGCCGCCCCAUAAACUUCGUUCCGGCGUCAUCUGGCGAGAUUCUCAAACUAGGGCACAUCACGUGCCGCAUCAUGGAAGACGGCUCACGAACCGACAAUCGCAUUGGCAGCGCCGAGUUUACUCUGCCGCCAAAUACUCCGGGACCGCCUGCGCAUUGGCAUGAGAUGCAUGAUGAGACGUUUUUGGUGACUCAGGGGGUUGUUAGGUUCCACGGCCCAGACGGCGAGAUAAUCGAUGCCCAUGUAGGCGACUAUGUAACAGCCCCAAUCCGCGCACCUCAUACAUUUUCGAAUCCAACCAACGAGCCUGCCAAAUUCUUCAACACGUACACGCCGGCCUUUUACAUUGAUUACUUCAAGAUACUGGCGGAGAUAAGCAAGACGGAUGAGCGCAUGAGCAAGGAGAAGAAUCUCGAGGUCAUGAGUCGGUUUGCGACGAUACCGGCUAUGGAGAUGAUGGCCGAGCAAGGGAACAAGUGA